CGCCGUUUCCAGCCGGCGGCGUUUGGCCGGUGCACGGCGGCAGCGCUAGGCGGGAGAUCCGCAAGGCUCAAGGCGCCGCUAUGUCAGUUAAGAGAGCACUCAAGUUGGACGCUGUUAAAAAAGAUAAUCCAUCUGAAGCAACACCUUUGAAGACCAAAAAGAAGAAUCUAGAUUCUUACUCACCGACAACAGGAACAUGCCAAAUGAGUCCGUUUUCAUCUCCCACAAGUCAUAAUGUACAAAACUUCAGAAAUGGCCUAUCAAAUGGAGUUGGAACUGAGCAGAAUGAUUCAGAAAUCCGAUUAUCCAGAAGAGGGCAGCCUCAAACAGAGGAGAAGGAAGCGUUCAUGGAAUUGCAGUCCAAAGUUAAAAAUUCGUUGGAUAGAAUUCUGAAAAUAAGAGAGAAUCUGACAAGCCUACAGGCUUUAGAGGGCAGUAGAGAGCUUGAAAAUAUUAUUGGUGUCUCAGACUUGUCUUGCGUCUUGAGUGCUGAAAUGCAGAAAAUGCAAGUGCUAAUGAGUCAUGCAGAAGAACUACAGCUGUUGAAAGGAAACCAUGGGAAACUUCCUACCCAAGAGUAUGUUCAGACUGCUAGUAGCGCUGCAUUCCUUAAGUUGCUCCUUGAUUGAGGCAUCGUGUGAAAAAUGCAUUCCGCAUCAACCCAAACUUCUACAUCUGCUUGAUUGUACUUAAAAGGAGAGAAGAAAUGAGUGUAAACUUAUCUCCCCAGCAAAUACCAGUUAGGGAUUGCUCAUUGCACUAGGCAGGUGCACAUCUAGAUAAAAUUUCUGGUAUCUAUUUAAACUUAACAGUGUGCACAACCAGAUAAUCUCAAUGUAAAUAAUACAUUUCUUCAUGUUGCUUUAUCCAAGUGCAGGACUAAAUGCUGAUUUCAAUUUACUACUUUUUUUGGUAUGCUCUUACUUCAAAUAUAUAAUACUUGUAUGCUGCAUGAACAUUGGUUCCCAGGCCUUCAGCAAGAGAUGUUAAGAUUUCACAGGAAUAACAUGUUGUGGAAAAUGGUUGUUUUCAGGAUUAGAGGGGACAAUGACAACUUCAUUGAAUAAAUUUAUUAUUCUACCAAAAAGCUAGCAAAAUAUGAGUUAAAAGAGUGUAUGUGAUUGUAAUAAAAAGAUACAGGAAGCUCUAGUGUGAGGGGUUAAUCAGAUUACUGACCGGAACUUGUUUAUAAACAGGCAGUCUGUCUAAGCAGGCUAUUACAAUUAGGGACGUUUUAAUCUAUGGCAAUGUUUCCACCAAAAUCAAACCAACUAUAACAGACUGCAGUUUCUUUUAUGAUUUAGGGACAUGCAAUAUGAAUACACAAAACUGAACUUUUUUUUUUUUUUGCAACUACUACAAACUAGGGUUAAUCAGAUAAACUGAUUUUUAGAACUAAAGUUCUAGGAAUCAAAAUGAUAAAUGUGUUCAAGUGUGUGCUUAAACAUGUACGUACUCAAGUUUUGAGCCUUCUUAUUAAUAAAAAUAUUUUUCCACUUUA